GAUGGCGAUUGAUUCAGCAUGUAUACUAUUUGCUGUGGUUUCACCUGAUGUUUCCAACACUUCUGACAUCAUGUGAAGGGAUCCAGAGAGGAUGAAGAGGAGGGGUGAAGAGUACUUAACAUAAAGAACCGUGAUGGAGUCUAUUCAGUCACCUGACAUCCCCAUGGACAGGUACUUCAACAGCACCUGGAGACACCCGUAUGGCCAGGAGACUGUCCCGUCACCUUUCAACAGCACCUGGAGACACCCAUAUGGCCAGGAGACUGUCCCGUCACCUUUCAACAGCACCUUCCGCCUCCAGCACCACAGCAGCUUCCACAAUACCCUACUAGGUGUCUCCCUGGGCUUCCUGUCAUUGCUCACCGUCAUCAUGAACAUCCUGGUACUCUACGCUGUGAAGAAAGAGCGGACCCUCCACACGGUGGGCAACCUCUACAUCGUCAGCCUCUCCGUGGCGGAUCUCAUCGUCGGGGCCACCGUCAUGCCCCUCAACCUGGUGUAUCUGCUGGAGGACGAGUGGAGGCUGGGGAGGGUCGUCUGUCAGUUCUGGCUCAUCAUGGAUUACGUAGCCAGCACAGCCUCCAUCUUUAGUCUGUUUAUACUAUGUCUGGAUCGGUAUCGGUCCGUUCACGAGCCGCUGAGGUACCUGAAGUACCGGACCAGAGGGAGAGCUAGCGUUAUGAUCUCAGGGGCCUGGCUAAUGUCCAUGACGUGGAUUAUUCCUAUUCUAGGGUGGAGGUCGUUCGUUCAGGUCGACCUCAAACCGGAGAUGGAGAAUAAGUGUGACACUGAUUUCCGGUUUGUUACGUGGUUUAAGGUUUUAACUUCAGUGUUUAACUUCUACCUUCCGUCUCUGUUGAUGCUGUGGUUCUACUCGCGCAUCUACAUGGCUGUGAGACAGAACUUCAGAGAGAGGGAGAGGAUUAUCAAUCCCACAGAUUCCGUGGUGGAAAACAGGAUCGGACACAAAGUCCAAACAGGAAAUAGCCACUGCGAGUCUAAGAAAGAAAGAAACUCAGACUUUGAUCAGUACACGUUAGACCAGCCGAACGACUCCACAGAUACAGUUGAAACCAACGCGCCCAGGGAACCCAAGUCUGAGAAAGACUCUCACUCCAGUCAUUCAGUGCUCAGAAUGACAAAACGUCUGAGGACGACUGUAAAGGACAAAAGAAAGAGCGGCUCUUCGUCUUUCCAGCAGAAGAAUUCGGACUCGGAGACCCCUUUAAACCUGUCCUCUUUACCUCUUGGCUUCACGAACUACGACGACGACAAUGUUCAGAAACUCUACGUAUCCGUGAACGACUGCAAGGUAGCCGUGCCGUCAAACUCUGUGGCUGGUGUCUGCGAGAUAACCCAGAUAUCUGACAUGCAGAGAUACACCACCAUGUUCUACAACAACGAGUUCACCCAGUCUGUGAAUUUAUCCCCGUCACCAUGUCCCCAUAAUUCACCCCAGUCCCCCCCGGCCCAGGAGCACUCAGAGCCUGACGAUGGUACUAACCCGGACGCUGUAGCCAACGCUUUGACUCUAAAGCAGACCUGGCAGAAGUUCUGUGCCCAGUCCAGACAGCGUAUCCAGAGCCUUCAGGUCCAUAAGGAGCACAAAGCGGCCAAGCAGCUGGGCUGUAUUAUAGCUGGGUUCAUGAUGUGCUGGAUCCCAUACUUCAUAGUCUUUAUGGUCAUGGCUUUCUGCCAAACCUGUGUACAUCACAACCUACAUAUGUUCACGAUAUGGCUUGGGUAUAUUAACUCUACCUUGAACCCGUUCAUAUACCCCCUCUGCAAUGAGAAUUUCAAACGGGUGUUUAAAACUAUCCUACACAUUAAUUUGUGAUGAAAAGGUUUAUGAACAGUGCCUUGAGUGGCAUUUCACUGUAUUUCCUUGUGAUGCUUUAACUUGUAAUACAGUAUGUGUGCUUGAAUGUUUUGAGUGACCUCAAUUUGGUACCUUAAAUUUGUAUAAUUUUGAAAGAUAUAAUGCUUAUUUAUUGUCCGCCUAAAUAUUUUUUGUUUAUUAUUUAUUAUCAGACCCAGACCAUAACCCCAAUCUUUCCUACUCUGUGGAAAGACAGAAAGCUGCUCUGCCUUUAUUCAUUAUUUACUCAAAUAACUCUGCUGAAGGAGAAUAACUGCAGAAUAACUCUGCUGAAGAAGAAUAACUGCAGAAUAACUCUGCUGAAGGAGAAUAACUCUGCUGUAGAAGCAUAACUGCAGAAUAACUCUGCUGUAGAAUAAUAACUGCAGAAUAACUUUGCUGAAGGAGAAUAACUCUGCUGAAGGAGAAUAACUGCAGAAUAACUCUGCUGAAGGAGAAUAACUGCAGAAUAACUCUGCUGAAGGAGAAUAACUGCAGAAUAACUCUGCUGAAGGAGAAUAACUACAGAAUAACUCUGCUGAAGGAGAAUAACUGCAGAAUAACUCUGCUGAAGGAGAAUAACUGUAGAAUAACUCUGCUGAAGGAGAAUAACUGCAGAAUAACUCUGCUGAAGGAGAAUAACUGCAGAAUAACUCCGCUGAAGGAGAAUAACUGCAGAAUAACUCUGCUGAAGGAGAAUAACUGUAGAAUAACUGCUGAAGGAGAAUAACUGCAGAAAAUAAUAACUCUGCAGAAGGAAAAGAAAUGCAGAAUAACUCUGCAGAAGGAAAAGAAAUGCAGAAGGAGAAUAACUCUGUUUCAAUACAAUCUGCUUCAUGUGCUUGUCCAUUUUUGGUGAAAAGGGAAAUGUGUCUUAAUGGAACCUGAAUUUUUGUUCGAUAUGAGUCAGUGUUGAUAUGAUAUGAGUCUGUGCUGUCCAAUAAAAGUAUCCUAACUGA